UGUGGAUACCCAGGAAGCCAUUAAGCUGGGAAUCAGAACUCUGAAUGCUUUCUAAAAGAAGGAAGCAUUUUACAUAAGAUCUAAAGGCAGAGAUCUCCAGAGAAGGGCAUCGUUCUACUGCAGGUCAGUCAGAAAGAUCUAAUUCGAGUUUAUUUAACCAAAUCAUCUGGGUUGGUUGCAUACGGAGUUGAAGAAACUGCAAGUUCUUGAACCGGAUCUCAACAAUGGAGACUGCACCAGCAAAAACGCUACAGAAAAGGCAAGUUAUCUUUCUUGCUAUAUUGUUGCUUUUGUGGGAGUCUGGCUCUGAAGCAGUUAGGUAUUCCAUGCCAGAAGAAACAGAAAGUGGGUCUUUUGUGGCCACCCUGGCAAAAGACCUGGGGCUCAGGGUGGGGGAACUGGCCACUCGGGGCGCGCGAAUCCAUUACAAAGGAAAUAAACAGCUCUUGCAGCUGGAUGUAACGACCGGGAAUUUGCUUCUAUAUGAAAAACUAGACCGGGAGGUGCUGUGUGGGGCGACAGAUCCCUGCAUACUGCAUUUCCAACUAUUACUGGAAAACCCGGUGCAAUUUUUUCAAGCUGAUCUGCAGCUCACAGAUAUAAAUGACCAUUCCCCAGAGUUCCUCGAGAGGGAAAUGCUCCUAAAAAUCCCAGAAAACGUCCAGACAGGGACUGUGUUUCCUUUGAAAAUAGCUCAGGACUUUGACAUAGGUAGCAACACUAUUCAGAAUUACACAAUCAGCCCCAACUCCCAUUUUCAUGUUGUCACUCAUAAUCGCGGAGAUGGCAGAAAAUACCCAGAGCUGGUGCUGGACAAACCGCUGGAUCGGGAGGAAGGGCCUGAGCUCAGUUUAACCCUCACGGCGCUGGAUAGUGGGGCUCCGCCCAGGUCCGGGACCACUGCAGUCCGCAUUGAAGUCGUGGACAUCAAUGACAACGCCCCUGAGUUUUUACAGUCGGUCUAUGAGGUACAGAUUCCGGAGAACAGCCCCCUAAACUCCUUUGUUGUCGCUGUCUCCGCCCGAGAUUUAGAUGCAGGAACGAAUGGGAAUGUAGCCUACGCUCUAUUCCAAGGUGAUGAAGUUACUCAACCAUUUGUAAUAGACGAAAUAACAGGAGAAAUUCUUCUGAAAAGGGCAUUAGAUUUCGAGGCAACUCGAUAUUAUAACGUGGAGAUUGCAGCCACAGAUGGCGGGGGCCUUUCAGGAAAAUGCACUGUAGUUAUAGAGGUGGUGGAUGUGAACGACAAUGUCCCUGAACUGACCAUGUCGACGCUCACCAGCUCUACCCCAGAAAACUCUCCAGAGACUGUGGUGGCCGUUUUCAGUGUUUCUGAUCCAGAUUCCGGGGACAACGGUAGGAUGGUUUGCUCCAUCCAGAAUGAUCUCCCCUUUCUUUUGAAACCCACAUUCAAAAACUUUUACACCCUAGUGACCGAGAGGCCACUGGACAGAGAGAGCAGAGCGGAAUACAACGUCACCAUCACCGUCACAGAUAUGGGGACACCGAGACUGCAAACCGAGCACAACAUAACCGUGCUGGUGGCCGACGUCAACGACAACGCCCCCGCCUUCACCCAGACCUCCUACACCCUGUCCGUCCGCGAGAACAACAGCCCCGCCCUGCACAUCGGCACCGUCCGCGCCACAGACAGAGACGCGGGCGCCAACGCCCAGGUCACCUACUCGCUGCUGCCGCCCCUCGACCCGCACGUGCCCCUGGCCUCCUUGGUGUCCAUCAACCCGGACAACGGCCACCUGUUCGCCCUGAGGUCCCUGGACUACGAGGCCCUGCGGGCGUUCGAGUUCCGCGUGGGCGCCGCCGACCGCGGCUCGCCCGCGCUCAGCAGCCAGGCGCUGGUGCGCGUGCUCGUGGCGGACGACAACGACAACGCGCCCUUCGUGCUGUACCCGCUGCAGAACGCCUCGGCGCCCUGCACCGAGCUGGUGCCCAGGGCGGCCGAGGCGGGCUACCUGGUGACCAAGGUGGUGGCGGUGGACGGCGACUCGGGCCAGAACGCCUGGCUGUCGUACCAGCUGCUCAAGGCCACGGAGCCCGGGCUCUUCGGCGUGUGGGCGCACAACGGCGAGGUGCGCACGGCCCGGCUGCUGAGCGAGCGCGACGCGGCCAAGCACAGGCUGGUGGUGCUGGUCAAGGACAACGGCGAGCCGCCGCUCUCGGCCAGCGUCACGCUGCACCUGCUGCUGGUGGACGGCUUCUCGCAGCCCUACCUGCCGGCCCCGGAAGCGGAAGCGGCGGACGCGGCCCCGGCCGCCCCGCUCACCGUCUACCUGGUGGUCGCCUUGGCGUCGGUGUCGUCGCUUUUCCUCUUCUCGGUGCUGGUGUUCGUCGCGGUGCGGCUGUGCAGGAGGGGCGGGGCGGCCUCGGUGGGUCGCUGCUCGGUGCCCGAGGGCCACUUUCCGGGCCACCCGGUGGACGUCAGCGGCACGGGGACCCUGUCCCAGAGCUACCAGUAUGAGGUGUGUCUGACAGGAGGCUCCGGGUUAAAUGAGUUUAAAUUCUUGAAGCCGAUUCUCCCUAACCUCCCGACCCAGGGCGCUGGUGAAGAAAUAGAGGAAAACGCCAACUUCUGGAAUAGCUUUGGAUUCAGUUAGGGAUCUCAUCAUGAUGCAAGGUAUUUGUCAUUUAUCUCUAAUUUCCCCAGAUACCGAAUUUGAGGGCAUCAUGGAGAAAAAUUCCAUCUUCCGAUAUAGCCUUGAUUUCCUUUUUGUAAUGAAUUAGUCCAUUUAACUUUACCUUGUCCAAUUUUGGAAAACUAAAUUCUGUUGUCAUUGCAUUUAUUUAUAGUGUGCCAUUCCAAAUCCUUGCAUGCUGUUGAUUUUCCUGAAAUUUUUGCUCCUUCCGUUGGUACUUGUUGCAAUAA